AUGGCAAUUGAAUAUCCUAUCAUGACUGACGGUAAUGAAUAAUCAGAUUAUGAUGAAGAUAUCUUAAGAUUUCAUGCUAAUGAAAUCCAAUCUCCCUAAAUUAUAUUGAGCAAUAGAAUGCGAAAUGACAGGCUACAAAAAAACUAUGUUAAAAAUGUUAGCCCUACAAAAAAGCAGAAUUUAUACGGAGCUAAUAGAUCAAUGGAUAAUCGAAAGUUAUCUUAAGCCAGCAGAAAUUAUGAUAUACCAACACUUGAUAGCAAAAGUAUAGAAACAGUGAAUAGUAUUGGAACGAACAUUAGUAAUCCAAAGAUUGAUUAUGAUUCAAUGGAAAUAAAACUGACAAGUGAUGAGAGCGUCCUCGCAAACACUCUUCCUCUGAAUUAAGUUCUAGCCUAGGAUUAGCAUGUGAAAAGUAAAAUAACAGCAGCAAGAGUUAUUUCUAUUUAUGGAGAUUUGGGGCCGAAAAAUAGAAAGCUAAAAGACACAUUAAAGAAUGUGAUAAACAAGUAAAGUUAGUAGUUUGAUCAACUUUAACUUAAGAGAUAAUUAGAUUAGCCAUAAUUACAGUAUUUAAGCGUAGAUUUCAGCAAGAAACCAAUUUUAAAUACUGACUAUUCCAUUGAAUUUAUUGACCACUAUUAGUAAAACUUGAAUUACAAGGCAAACUAUCAACUCAAUGAUUAAAAUAUAAUCUUGAACUCAUUUGAUAAAAGAACUCAAAAGACUGUACAAUAAGAGAGAAUAUCAAGAAAAUCUGUGACGUAGACAAGACAGAUUUACAGAGGAAAUGAACCCCCAAUUCCACCCAGCAUACAGGUCAACAAAGUAAGAGGGGAUAAAGUUAAAAAUGGCAUGCAGAUUUUGAUUUAAAAGACAUAGUCUCAUAAUACCUCAAAUGAAAAGCCAAAUUAUAAUGGAGCUGGUUCUUUUUAAAACUCAUCUCCCAGAGCUUUAAGCAUAGUCCAUGAGCUACAGGACUCUACGAACAAUAAUUAUCUAAAUCACAUUGAGAAUAAAUUCUUAAAACAUAAAAGUACUCCAGUUAGAACCUCAAUCAAUACCAAAAGGAAACUGGAGCACAAUCAAAGUGAAAGUGGAUAUGAAGAUAAGAUAAAAUUAAAGCAAAAUCUUUAGUAAUAAGAUACCAAAAAAUUGCUUGUAAUGUCCUAAAGAGAAAUAUAAGUAAAUAGAAGUCUUGAAUAAAAGAACAUUUAACACUAACAAAUGUAAUAGUUGCAACAAAAAUUUGUCCACAAUAAUAAUCUCAAUCAAAGUAUAAAUUUGAAUCAUUAUGCAAACAUGUCUCCAGAUAGCUUUUAAAAAAUAGACAAGUUUUCUAAGGACUAUGUAGAGGCACCCAUAACAUAAUAUAAGACUGGAGUAGAUGAUAAUAGGUCUAACUUAGUUGUCAAAAGAAAGAUUAAGUUGAGCAAUUUAUCCAGCAGCGUCAAUCAUAUUUAGAGCAUGAGGAAUGAAAUUAUAAUGAGACAGUAAUAUGUUCCACCUAUCAAUAAUAGUGAAGUUUAAUCAAGAGUGGAUAGAGAUCAAAAGUUUAUGGAACUGAUGAACAGAGACUGGCAGAAUUAGUUUGAUAAACUAUCAGAUAACCUUAAAAUUGUGAGAAGUAAAGAGAAGAAAGUAAGAUAGAUGAUUUCUAAAGAAAGCUACUAAGACCUUGACAGGAAAAAGGUUGAAAAAUCUGUAACAUUUAUACUUCCUGAAAUAAUGAAUUGA